UGCUUCAGAUAGGUAUAUUAUUCAGAAAAAACAAUAUUUUUCUCUAUUUAUUCAUUUUUAAUCUUUAGAUAAAAAUAAAAAUGGUAAACUUGAAGAAAAAGAAUUUGCAUUUUUACCUGGUAAGUUUUGCUGCUAAGUUAUCGAGAAUAUGAUAAGUUAUCGAGAAUAUGAUAAGUAUUCUGUACGUUUUGUAGCAAGCGUACUAGCAGACGAAACAAAUAAAGAAUGGAUAGAAAUGGAUGGAAAAUGGUUAGAAGAUCAAAAACGAGAAUUUCAUGAAAUGGAUGAGGAUNUAACCUAAUCUUAGCCUAACCUAUAGGUUAGAUUAGGUUAAGUUUAACCUGCAGGUCUCUGAGAUAAACUGGUACGUUAGCAAACUCUAAAUGAUGAUAAUGGAAAACGAGAAUUUCAUGAAAUGGAUGAGGAUAAUGAUGGAAUCGUUAGUAAAGAAGAUUUAGAGCAUUUUAUGGACCCAAGGAAUAAAAGUCAUAUUAAUAAUCAAAUAACUAAAUUAUUUUCAAAAGUUGACGAUGAACCAGAUGAUGAACAUUUAUCAUUAGAUGAAAUUGAAAAUCAUGCCGAUAUAUUUAUUGACUUAAGAUUGCUAGAUAUAGAAAAAGCAUUACACAAUGAGUCUUAA